AUGUGGCUCUUGGGAUGUUUUGGGCUCUUGCCCUUCGUGGCAGCAGACACAUGGUGGACCUCCGCAUCAUGGUCCUACACCUACUUGAAGACCCCUGGCUCGCGUGAUGACGUCGUGUGUGAUCAGUGCGUCAUCGAGUUUGGUGGCAACUUGGUUGUGGGAGGCUCCCAGGGGAUAGACGGCGUCAGUUACGAUCGUGACAGUUUCAAUGGCUUCCUAUGCAGAGUGUCAGAGCCGAUCAGUGCGCCCAGCACUUGGAUGUACUCUGACAUGACACGCUUCGACUGGGAUUUGGAGCCUAAAUCCCGGACCUCCUGGAAGAAAAGCCACAUGACCGGGCUCGGCAAGACCCAAUCGCAUAUCAUCCUCGUAGGCUACACCUACGGCGACAUGGAAGAUUUCGGGACGAAUCUUGGGGCCCCAAGCACAUUCCACACACAGGACUUUUCAGAUGCUGUCAUCAUGGCUUACACAUCUGCUGGCAUCCUCGCUUGGGGACGCCAAGUGGGCACCACCUACAACGACUUCUUUGGUGCCGUGUCAGUGAGUCCCAACAAUGAAAUCUACGCGGCAGGAUCCACAGCGGGGGAUGUAGCAGGCCAGGUUGGCGCAGAUGAUAUCUUCUUCUACCGGUACAGUUCAAGUGGGGACCUUAUCAACAAGUAUCAGCUGGGAACCACUGGAAAUGAUUAUGUCUACAGUUUGUGGCACCAUGGAUCAAACGAGUUGUAUUUGGGCGGCAAGACGGACGGGACCUGGCCGUCGAAAAGCAACGCAGGAGGUUCUGAUGUUCUCCUGAUCAAGUUCAACGCAGACCUCGAGGAGACGUGGUCUGCACAACGCGGGAGUUCAGCAGACGACGACUGUGCUGUGGUGCACGUGAGCAAGGCCAAUGGGGAUGCAUAUGUGGUCGGCAACACUAAAGGGUCCAUCGAUGGUCAGACCUAUUUCGGUGGCAAUGACUUCUUUCUCAUGAAGUUCGAUGUCAAUGGCAACUGGAAGUGGACACGGCAACAUGGCAGCAGCAGCGAUGAGACCGUCCAUGGGCUCUGGGUCAAGUAUACCACAACCCCUCACCGCAUCCUGCUAGCGGGCACCACGGCGUUUAACACCGGCUUCGAUGGAGCUACCCCUCUGGGAAACACUGAUGCUUUUGUCGUGGAAUACGAGGACCUCUCAAGCACCGUGUCGCCGACCCAUGUCUCGACCGAGUUCAUCGGGAGUGAUAGACUUGAUGAGGGCAAAGGAUUCGUUGAGAGGUCCAACGGUGACAUUUACUUGGUUGGAGGCACGGAGUUUGACCCACAGGAUACAAACUCAUACGGAGAGCUGGAUGCGUUCGUGCAGUUGCUCACGACAACUACGACCACAGAGACGUCAACAAGUGUGGUGGUGAGCGAUUGUUUCGGGAAGGUCUCGGGGGAGACAUGCACGGCGACGUGCGACGCCGGCUUCGAAGGUGGCCCGGCAGAGUUUGUUUGCAGCUUCUCGGGCAUCUUCGCUGGUCCGACUCUAUCCUGCUCGCCGGCUACGUGCCCGAGCUCAUCCUUGCCGGGAGGUUUCGACAUCAGCGAUUGCGGAAGCACCGAGCUCGACUCCUUCUGCUUCGUUCGCUGCCCUGCAGGCUUCCUGAGUGCCGAGUCCAUCUUCACUUGCCUGGGCACUGGGAACUUCUCCGGCACGGUUCCGACCUGUGCGCCGAUUCAGUGCAGUAUGGACGCCUUGCCACAGGACUCGAGCCUCAACGUCACGAGCUGCAUUGGCACCACCGCUGGCAACAGCUGCGAAGUGAGCUGCAACUUCGGCCACGACGGCCAAGGAGGAGCCUACGCUUGCCAAGACACCGCACUCUUCCAGGUUCUGACCACGCCAAGCUGCGCUCGCAAGGAGUGCCCUGUGCCCAGUGCCCUGUCCUCCAGUGCCUUCGCAACAGACUGCCCAGGGAAGCUGCAUGGGCAGACGUGUGUGGCCGCGUGCAGGGCCGGGCACUCAGGAGUUCCCACAGAAUUUCUCUGCGAGAACGGGCUGCUGAUCGGGCAGAUGCCAGCGUGUGCAGCGCUGCCAUGCACUCUUUCGGGAAUCUCCAUGGGCCCGGGGCUGAACACCUCUGCAUGCGAAGGGACGACCACUGGGAGCAGCUGUGCCUUGCAAUGCAGCUUUGGAUUCCAGGGGGUCGGAGACCCCACCAUGACUUGCCAAAGUGAUGGGACCUUCUUGCAGGCUAGCAGCCCCUUCCGAUGUGAGCCGAGUGUUUGCGGCAACCUCUCGGACCAUGCUCCUUUCUCGCUUCCAAGAUUCCUGCACACUUGUGAAGAGAAGAGCUUCGGCCAGACUUGCUCGGUGACUUGCGGGACGGGUUGGGACUUGCAGGGCAAUGCGACCGUGAUGCUCUGCCAAACCGGCUACGUGGAGGCCCUGACCUUGCUGCCUGCUGGCGGCUCUCUAGCGCCCACCUGUGCGGCCAGGGAGUGCAGGGCGGGGCUGCCAGGCUUGCGAGGUGUCGUCCACGACUGUGUGGGCAAGACCACGCUGCAGAGCUGCACGGUGGAGCCUGCGCUGGGCUUCAUCGCUCUUGAAGGCUCCAGGAACUCCAGCACCCUACACUGCGGCAUCGAUGGAGAGUUCAAAGGAUCCCUACCCAGCAUCCAGGCCGCUGUGUGCCAAACUCCGUCCUUCGGUUUGGGGGUCAGCAGCACCUGUGAGAACAAGAGCAUCGGGGCGGAGUGCUGGGCCUAUUGCUUGGCAGGCUACACGGGGAGCCCGCAGCCCUAUCAUUGCGUGGCGAACAGCACCCUGGGCGUUGUUCGUGUGGAGCCUUUGGCGCAAGAUGUCCUUUGCACUGCCAGUGCCAGGCGUUUGACCGCUGCUUCCGGCUGUGCUACCUCGGCUGCCGAGACGGUAGGCUUGCAAGCUGCGGAGUUCGAGCACAGCUGCUCAUCGAUGGCGCACGAAGACGUGUGCAUCAGCCAUUGCAGCCUGGGCUGGUCGUUGACCGGCAAUGCUUCAGUGCUUCAGUGCAAAGACGGACGCCUUGAUGGCAACAUUCCGCAGUGUGACCCCGUGCCCUGCAACUACAACUUGCCGAACAGCAUCGGAGCAAAGCACAACUGCAGCGGCAUCGCCACUGGCGGUACGUGUGUUGCAACCUGUUCAGCGGAGGGCUUCACUUUCGCUUCUGGGUUCGGGGCAGAGACUUUUGAAUGUCUCCCCACAGGUGAGUUUCAAGGGCAAAGUCCAAGCUGUGUCCCAGCUGCGUGCCGUGACUUGACGCUGGCAUCCCGCUUCGAGCACCACUGCCGGAACAUGGUCUAUGGAGACUCCUGCAGCGUCACUUGUGCUGAGGGCUUCUCCCUGGUGGGCGCUGCCGCCGAGUUCCGGUGCUCGGCCAGCGGAGACAUCGAAGGCACGGAGCCUCGGUGCGAUCCGAAGCGCUGCGUCAACUCCGUCCCCGAGGGCUUCGAUUCCGACUGCGAUGGCAUCACCACGGGCUCCAGCUGCAACGUGAGCUGCGUCUUGGGCAUGGUCCCCAACUCUGCGCAGCUAGUUUGCCACCUCAUGGGCGUGCUCGUUGGCCCGCUGCCGACCUGCAUCCCGGACCUUUGCCCUCAAGCUCCGUCCCUCCAGAGGCCGUCGCUUGCCCACGAUUGCCAGGACGUGGCCUUUGGGCGGAGUUGCUCCGUCUUCUGCGCGGAGGGCUACAAGCUGACCUCGGGAAGCGUAGGGGAGGUCUGGGACUGCGUCCUUGGCUCUGGGCUCUGGGAGCUCAGGCUCUCGGGCAGCUUGCCCAGCUGUGAGGCGCUCACCUGCUCCAUGGACUUACCCUCUAGUCAGGCUGUUCAGGAUAACUGCACGGACGGUUUGCCAGUGGGCUCAGAGUGUAUGCAGACGUGCAGCCCGGGAUUCAAGGCUGCAGAACCUGAAGCUUCCAGUGCCACCUUCACCUGCAUGGUGGACCUCAGCCUUGACGCAGGCCAACGACCGCAAUGCGCGCCGGUGGAAUGUAAUGGCACCAUCAGCAUUCCAAAUCUGGAGCACUCCUGCGGGGGCGUCACCGCUGGUGGUACUUGCUUUGCCUUCUGCCGAAACGGCUUUGCCAGCACGCCAGGCGUGGUGCAAUGGACCUGUUCAGGCUCCGGUAGUGCCGAACCAAUUGUUGACACGAACCUUCCAAUCGUCGACGGAUACGUUCUCAGAGGCGAUGUUCCUGAAUGCAUUCCCAAGAAGUGCAGAUACAACAUCCCCCUGGGAACGGAGUAUUCGCACAACUGCCACAACAUCUCCACCGAUGGCACUUGCGAGGUCAGCUGCUCCUUCGGAUGGCUUGGCGAUCCUGCAUCCCUGUCCUGCAGCCCCACUGGCGCUUUGACUGGAGACCUGCCAAGCUGCUCCCCGACCACCCUGACGGUCACCACAACUGCCACCGCCACCACCAGCACCUUCUGGUCCGGUACGGUGCGGCUCCGUGGCUUCCUGGACUUUCAGCUCAAUCCCUCAGAGGGCCGCCGAUUGCAAGGAGCAGAGCUCUUUGCCGCGGAUGUCACGGCCCGGGAAGCCCUGGCGGCAGCCCUGGCGCAGGUGCUGGAGGUGGAGGCGUCCACUGUGCACCUGGAGCUGCGCGCCGAAGGCGACCUUGUUCGCGCGCGCUACGCCGCGAGCCGGCUCUGGAGCUCGGCGGGGCUGGCCCGGCGCUGGGCCGAAGCGCUGGAGGAGUCCAUGCGAUCCACAUCCCUGGCGCGGGUGAAGGAGCUGCUCAACCAGAAGCUGGCCGGCACCGGCUUCCAAGUGAACUCCAUCGCUGCCUGGGAGGUCUCGAUCGCUCUCGCAGAUGGAAUGGCAGAGACCGUGUCUGUGCGCCAAGCACCCUUGCACCUGGGAGUCCUCGUGAUCCUCGGAAGCCUCGAGGUUUUGUGGCUCCUCUGCUGCGCCUGGUGUCUACGACAGCCGGCGACACCGAAGCCCGGCUCCGGAGGUGACGAAGUUUCCCCGGAGGUGGCAGAGGCGAGCGCUGCGCAGGCUGUGGGAGGGACGGAAGCCACUCUGUUCCAGGCAGCUGCCACGUUCCCUUCAGAAACCACCGCCUUGGAAGAGCUGAUGCUGGAGGCCGGCAUGAGUAUGGAGGAGGAUGCCGUCGUGGUCGCGCUGUGA